AUGAACAACUUCAUCCUCCUGGAAGAACAGCUGAUCAAGAAAUCCCAACAGAAGAGAAGGACUUCUCCCUCGAAUUUUAAAGUCCGCUUCUUUGUUUUAACGAAAGCUAGCCUGGCUUACUUUGAGGAUCGCCAUGGGAAGAAGCGCACGUUGAAGGGCUCCAUUGAACUCUCCAGAAUCAAAUGUGUGGAGAUUGUCAAGAGUGACAUUAUCAUUCCAUGCCACUAUAAAUACCCAUUUCAGGUCAUGCAUGACAACUACCUUCUAUAUGUGUUUGCUCCAGACUGCGAGAGCCGGCAGCGCUGGGUGCUGGCCCUUAAAGAAGAAACAAGGAAUAACAACAGUUUGGUGUCCAAGUACCACCCUAAUUUCUGGAUGGAUGGGAGAUGGAGGUGCUGUUCCCAGAUGGAGAAGCUUGCAGUAGGCUGUGCUCCCUAUGACCCAACCAAGAAUGCUUCAAAGAAGCCUCUUCCUCCUACUCCUGAAGACAACAGGCGGUCACUUCAGGAACCUGAGGAAACCCUGGUCAUCGCCUUGUACGAUUACCAAACCAGCGAUCCCCAGGAGCUUGCGCUGCAGCGCGAUCAAGAGUACUACCUGCUGGACAGCUCCGAGAUCCACUGGUGGCGAGUUCAAGAUAAGAACGGGCACGAGGGAUAUGCACCAAGCAGUUAUCUGGUGGAAAAAUCUCCAAAUAACCUGGAAACCUAUGAGUGGUACAAUAAAAGCAUCAGCCGAGACAAAGCUGAAAAACUUCUCUUGGACACAGGAAAAGAAGGAGCUUUCAUGGUCCGAGAUUCCAGGACACCCGGGACAUACACAGUCUCUGUGUUUACCAAGGCCAUCAUAAGUGAGAACAGUCCAUGUAUAAAACAUUAUCAUAUCAAAGAAACAAACGACAACCCUAAGAGAUACUAUGUGGCUGAGAAGUUCGUGUUUGACUCCAUCCCUCUUCUCAUCAAGUACCAUCAAUACAAUGGAGGAGGUCUGGUCACUCGACUCCGGUAUCCAGUUUGCUCCUGGAGGCAGAAAGCCCCAGUCACAGCAGGUCUAAGAUACGGAAAGUGGGUGAUUCACCCCUCAGAGCUAACUUUUGUGCAAGAGAUUGGCAGUGGGCAGUUUGGGCUGGUGCAUCUUGGCUACUGGCUCAACAAGGACAAGGUGGCCAUCAAGACCAUCCAGGAAGGGGCGAUGUCAGAAGAAGACUUCAUAGAGGAGGCAGAAGUCAUGAUGAAACUCUCUCACCCCAAACUUGUCCAGCUCUACGGAGUGUGCCUGGAGCAAGCCCCCAUCUGCCUGGUGUUUGAAUUCAUGGAGCACGGCUGCCUGUCAGAUUAUCUGCGCAGCCAGCGGGGGCUCUUCGCUGCAGAGACUUUGCUGGGCAUGUGCCUAGAUGUGUGUGAGGGCAUGGCCUACCUGGAGAAAGCAUGUGUCAUCCACAGAGACCUGGCUGCCCGAAACUGUUUGGUGGGAGAAAACCAAGUCAUCAAGGUGUCCGACUUUGGGAUGACAAGGUUCGUCCUUGAUGACCAAUACACCAGUUCCACAGGCACCAAAUUCCCAGUGAAGUGGGCAUCCCCGGAAGUAUUCUCCUUCAGUCGUUACAGCAGCAAGUCCGAUGUGUGGUCUUUUGGUGUGCUAAUGUGGGAAGUCUUCAGUGAAGGCAAAAUUCCCUAUGAAAACCGAAGCAACUCAGAGGUUGUGGAAGACAUCAGCACCGGCUUUCGGUUAUACAAGCCCCGCCUGGCCUCUCCCCAUGUCUACCAGAUCAUGAAUCACUGCUGGAAGGAGAAACCAGAAGACCGGCCACCCUUCUCCCAGCUCUUGAGUCAGCUGGCUGAAAUCGCAGAAUCAGGACUUUAGCAAGGACUCGAUGACCAGCCAUAGCUGCAGAUACCGAGUACAGGAGGACUGUCCUCCUUCCAGAGCAUUAAAACCUGCCACCAGCCCAGGACUCCCCACAGGUGCCUGGACCGUGGCCCUGACCCUGCGCAGCCAGGAAGACUGCUUCCUGGCAGAGGCUGGAGAGCCAGCCACUGAGCUGAGGGCCAGCCACAACAGCAGCAGUGUCUCCUAGCACCCCAGCCUCUUGUCACAUUCAGUGCACAAAGCUCCAUCGGUAGCUUUCAAAAGCAUUUCUUGCCCUUCUUAGCAACAGGAUGAGGCAGACGUCAGACCUCAGGUUCUUAUUUCUUUAUUAUUUACAGAAUCGACCCAAAGUUUAUGGCUUUAUCUUAUGUAACAACAUAAUGUCUGAGUUUAUGGGGGGAAAGGAGAGUGAGAAGCCCGAUUCUUUUUUCUGAGAAAGCCAAGAGUUGUUGAACCCAAGUGUUGUGCUACUGAGGCCGUCAGCCACUUCCUCCUGCACACAAGACGGAGCAGCACACGAGGUGGAGCAGCUGCUGGGACCGGUGGUCGGUGGCCGAUGGUGGGAUGCCGUGAGGUUUCAGAGCACACUCUCACAUGACAAGCUCCAUCGAGAUGGACAGACUGGAAUGACCCUUUCAGACCCAAUGGUUGGAUCAUUGUGUUGAUGUCUGGUCAGGACUGAGAGACCAUCUGAUGGUGGGGAAUCAAAUCAACAGGUGGAGAAAAGGCUCUGCGCUCCUGCACCAGUGCCCCCAUUUUGUAGCAGUCCACGGGGAUGACUGUGUCUCUUCUCUGUAGAACCGUGAGGAAAUGACUCCUACAGAAAGCUCAUCUUCCAGCCUCUAAGAAGCAGCGUCCUCUCUGCACUAGCCCACGAGCACCGAGAGAGGGCAGCACUGCGCUAGUCAGUGUGGCCUUCAGACAUUGAGGCUCUCCUAGACCCUAAGGGUUCAGCAGCUUUAAGGUUGAGGCUUCAAGGCUCUCAAAACUCUAGAAAAAGGAGUUUUCUCUUGCUCAAACUAUGUGGAAGGAAACUGAGUCAAGCACUGACUAGGAUGCUUUGAAACUAUGCAAGAUGUCUAUUGUUGAUUGAGCACUUAUGCAGGUGACAUGAAUACAUACUGAGCUGUAAUCAGCUCCUGUAGACUCUCAGCUCACUCUGAGUUCACACCAACCUGAUGAUUUAGAACUAUUGUUCAUAUUUUAUAGAAAAUAGAGCUAGGUCUUUAAAAAGCCAGGGCACCUGCCCGAGUGACAGACAGGGACGGUAACUCAAAUGCAGCUUCUUAUUCUCAACACUGCCUCCUACUGAGAGUGGAAGGGACUGCUGAGGAGAGGAACGCAGCAGACAGGAAGGUCAGCCCAUACACGGCUUAGCACCACCAAUGAGCUCUGCUGCUUCUCACAGACCACUGCGGGCUUCAGCGACCCUCUUUCUUCACCUUCAUCCUCACCUUCAUCAUCGUUCCUGACUUUGAAGCUACCCGGUAAAUUAACCCUUUCAGCCUACCAGAAUCACAUUGCAUAGAUGAGCUUUACAGCAGCUGUUAAGAGUCUGUUGCGGAAAAGCGUCCUUCAGUUAGCGCUUUAACUUGGAGCUGAAGUCGUCUUAGGAGGGAUGUUUCCUGACAUGAGACACACUUGAUUCUCCUGUAGUGUUUGGAUUAAAGCUUAGAGAAAUGAUCAGACAGCAUUGCGGUCACUUUUUUUCCAAAUCAUAUGAUAUUUUGUCUGGCUUGAGGUUCAGAUGCAUAAUGUAAUUACCGUGAAACUGGGGCCCUCCAGAUCAGACUCUGUCAUUCGGAAUAUGGUCUUGCUCAACUUGUCCACAAUCACCCUGUUUAUUUUUCAGCCUUUUGUCCAUUCUUUAUUGGAACCCUUAAUUAAGAGACAGUUCCUGGAACAUUCAACCUAGAAGGAAAACAUCAGAACCGACUGAUCUCUGUGGUGUGGUUUAGACAAUUCCCCUAUGGUAUCAUCUUUUUAAAGCUCAGAUGCUUUGGGGCUUUGACUGAACAUGUGUGCGCUGCUCACCUCCAGAGUCCUGCAUGAGAAGAUGGGAUCCUCAUCUAAUGGUUUCUCCCUUAAAUUUUACAAACGGUGCCCUGUGUUCACAGAGAAUCCUCUCACACAAGGGACUGCAUUUUGUAGAUCCUGUAUUUUGUAACUUUUGAGACUAUUUAUACUUUAAUCAGAUGAGUAUUUAUUAGUGUACAGUCACUGCUCAUGUUCAAAAUAAAAAUGCUGCAGAUAUCU